UAACACCACCACACUCUCACUAAUCCUCCCUCUCUUCUCAAAUCAAUCCACCCCCAAAUCCUCGUCUCUCUCUCUCUCUCUCUCUAGAUCGAUCGAUUGAUCGGAGCAACUCAGUGAGUCGGAGUGGCGAUGGCGGUGCCGGACAACCUGAGCAGGGACCAGUACGUGUACUUAGCGAAGCUAGCCGAGCAGGCCGAGCGGUACGAGGAGAUGGUCCAGUUCAUGCAGAAGCUGGUCAUCGGCUCGACGCCGGCCGCCGAGCUCACCGUUGAGGAGCGGAACCUCCUCUCCGUGGCCUACAAGAACGUGAUCGGCUCGCUCCGGGCGGCCUGGCGCAUCGUAUCCUCCAUCGAGCAGAAGGAGGAGGGGCGGAAGAACGAGGACCACGUCGUGCUCGUCAAGGAGUACAGAUCCAAGGUCGAGAACGAGCUUUCCGACGUCUGCGCCAGCAUACUCAGCCUCCUCGACUCGAAUCUGAUUCCGUCAGCCGCCGCGAGCGAGUCCAAGGUGUUCUACCUGAAGAUGAAGGGGGAUUACCACCGGUACAUGGCCGAGUUCAAGGCCGGCGACGAGAGGAAGGCCGCCGCUGAGGAUACUAUGAUCGCUUACAAGGCGGCUCAGGAUAUCGCUCAAGCGGAUCUGGCUUCAACCCAUCCGAUAAGGCUGGGUUUGGCACUCAACUUCUCUGUGUUCUAUUAUGAGAUCCUCAAUCAGUCUGAUAAAGCUUGCAGCAUGGCCAAACAGGCAUUCGAGGAGGCAAUUGCUGAGCUGGAUACUUUGGGUGAAGAAUCAUACAAGGACAGCACUCUCAUCAUGCAGCUGCUCAGGGAUAAUCUCACCCUCUGGACUUCUGAUGUGCAGGACCAAUUGGAUGAGCCCUAGAAGAUGUGGUGUUAGCUCGACGGAAAUUUGUAACUUUGUUCUGGGAGGAGGUGGGCUGUGAAUGUCAUUUGUCGGUACCAAUUUAAAGCGUGCAUCAGUGACAUGUUCUCUUUAUUUUUAGAUUAUCAAGUCCUUUUCCUGUUUCCAAAGUGAAUUGGAGAACUUUUACUUGGGUUUGUUAAUGCGCUUCUCACUACUUUAGUUGGUUUUCACUCGAUUG